GAGAGAGAGAGAGAGAGAGAGAGAAGACGGGAAAAGAUCCGGGGGGACAGUACGGGAGAGAAGUCCCGCUAUCCCCGAACAGGGUCCCGGUCCCCCUCCCCCGGCCCUCACCUUGUCCCUGGCAGGAGCCUAACAUGAAAAGCCUCCCGACCCUCGAGGGGGGGCCGUGGCCGACUCUCUGCAUCAAGGAGGUGAGCUGCCCCAAAAAGCUCAAGAGGAAGCCCCAGGAGGGGCCGAAGCGCGUGAACGGCUACAAAAGUUUCCGAGCGGACUUGAAAGUGCCGGAGCCCGCGGCCAAUGGACUAAGGGAGCGCACCGAGCGGCUGAUCCCGGCCAAGGAAGCGGCCGUGGCGGCUGCGCCGCCCGAGGAGAGCCCGGAGCUGCUGCUGCUACCGGCGGACCGCGGUGGCCGAAGCUGCGGCGGGGGUCCCGGGGGCGGCGAGAUCUUGGACAUGCGGAAACGCUGCUUCCCCCUGGGGCCCGGCCGAGGUCCGCCCCCGUCGCCCCCGCCGCUGCCCGCGGGCCUGGCGGCUCCCCCCGGGAGCCGGGAGCGGCGAGAGGCUCCGCAGACUUUCGGGGAGCAGAGCGUGCGUUCCCGGAUCGUGCUGUGCCCGCCGCCCCCUCGCCAGAGCGCUCCGCAGCCCCCGCCGCCCCCCGUGCCCCCGCCGCAGCCCCCGCCGCCGCCGCCGCCGCCGCCGCCGCGUCCCGCGGGAAGUUCCUUCUCGUCCAUUUCACACGUAAUUUACAACAACAGUCCCGAGUCUUCGGCGGCUUCGCCUCGGAAGCGCCUGGGCGAAAGUGCAGGCGCCUCCUCGGAGAUCAAAGCCAUCCAGCAGACCCGGAGGCUGCUGGCGAACGCCCGCGAGAGGACCCGGGUGCACACCAUCAGUGCCGCCUUCGAGGCGCUGAGGAAGCAGGUUCCCUGCUAUUCUUAUGGCCAAAAGUUGUCCAAACUGGCCAUCCUGAGGAUAGCCUGUAACUAUAUCCUUUCCCUGGCCAGGCUGGCUGACCUGGACUACAGUGCUGACCACAGUAACAUGAGCUUCUCUGAAUGUGUGGAACAGUGUACCCGGACCCUGCAGGCAGAAGGCAGGUCCAAGAAGAGGAAGGAGUGAUCAUGGCUUUGAACGGAUUCUCUGCUCUCCCUGCUGAGGAGCCUCUUCUCCAGCCCCGGCCAAGGGCACAGUCGAUACCCCGCUUCUACCCCAAUGAAGCCUACCUAUAGCUCCCAGCCUCUAAGCUGCCUCUCCUCCUCGGGGAUGAACACCCAUUCUUAGACUGCCGAUGGACUGGACAGAGAGAUCGUGAAAAGACCCCACUUUCUCCUCUUUUCUUGUCCUUCCCUGACUUCACCCAUGCCCCACUGGCCCUGUUUGAUGCGAUUGAAUGUGCCCCUUCUCCCUUCCCUCUUUAACGGGGGAGAUCAAAGACAGAAGACAGGAGGAUUUCCCGUUGCCCACCCAGCAUCCUUGGGCCAUCGCCAAAGAUUUGACCGACUUUUAUCUGUUUGAAUGUUACAUGAUUAGUUUUUGUUUGAAAACACCCCACAUCCCUCACCCCACUUUGAGUCAAAGAAAAGUCAGGAAUUCCAUCUGGAUCCCACAGAAGGAGCCAGCUUCUGGGGACACAAAGAUUCUGAGCCCUAAAUGCUCUUCCUUCUGGUCCUCUUUGGCUCCCAAGUUCCCAGCACUUCAGUUGGGUUACAAGCAAGCAUUCCUGAAUGGAGACACACAGAUGUUUCAGUUGGGUACAAUGCGGACCGUCAAAAGGUUUGAUCCUGUUCUCCGUCACAUAACCCUUCUCUUUGCCCUGAGCUCAGUCUCACAGCUCAGUGAGCACCUACCCCCCUAUAUCUCGGUGGGUUGAAAGCUGUGGCUCCAGCUCCUUUGCCCAUUUGGGGAACUCAGAGACUGGGGCUUGGGAGAGGGCAUUUCCUCAUUUUCUUUUAGCCAGACCAAGACACCUAAAAUGCCCCCUCCCCAGGAUCUUCUCGUGGCCAACAAGAGAGGAGCAAAAGGAUUGGUUUUUUUCUUUUCAGGGAGGCGUUGGAGGGAGGGCAAGGGGCUCAUUCAUUCCAGAUCCUACAGGCAGAAGGGAAUACCUGACUUGGGGAAGAAAAGAGGUUGGGAAAGCGGGCUAGUCUGGAGAGUGGGGCUAGCCUAGGGAAGAGCUCCCGUGGCUUCUCCUGGACCUCCUCCUGCUCUAAUGGCCAAAGCAUCUUAUUUCUGUGCUUUACUGUUUGCUUCAAAUUGAAGUAAAAACCAAAAAAAAAAUCUAUAUGGAAACACACACUUGUCUGGACCGAGUGGAUUUUGUGGUGGACAGAGAUUUGUAUUGUUGAAAUUAUAACAAGUAACGUGAAAAUGCUAUUUGAAAAUAAAGAAGUACAUUGUUCAAA